AAAUCAACCAUGUCAAAGUUAAAAUUAAAAUAUCCAGAAACCCAGCAUUACUCAACAACAGAUGACGAUCUCGAUACAGACGACCAAAGUGAUAUUAUACGUUGCGUCUGUCACAACACUACAGACGAUGGGUUUACAAUUCAGUGCGAGAGCUGUGACACCUGGCAACAUGCGAAAUGUGUUAAUAUAAAGAAGAAAGCGAUACCAGAGCAUUAUAUUUGUGAGCGCUGUAAGAAAAAGAAGAAAAAGAAACCGAUCCGCCGCAGAAGUUCUUCAGAGACCGAAGAUAUACGAGAUAGGAAAAAGAAGCUAGUUAAACGUGUGGAUAGUGGAAGUGACGAGGAUAAAAGAAAAGCAUCCUUUAUACCAAUAUCCAAAAGUGUGAUGAAAGAAAAGCUAGUGGAGGACUUGUUUUUAGAAGUGCAUCGACAAUGGAUUGAACUAAACUGGCCUAAAGCUGCUAGUGGGAGUAAAAGGCAUGCUAGCUCGUCAAUCAGUCCAAACAAAUGUCUUGAUUCCAUCAUCGUAAUGGAAUCCAACUUACUACUACCUGCUAUUCCUAAGGCCUCAGUAAAGCCCAUCAGAAAAUCGUUACGUGGUUCAUUUUCAUUUCACAGUCAAAACGAUCCAUCUAUUCCAAAAGGUAUAUUUGCAGACAUUCACAUACCCAAAAGCAGAUAUUUGAUGGAAGUCACUGGUGAGGCACUACGUAAAUCAGAAUACAAGGCUGAUACCAGAAAUAAAUUCAAUCUACUUGGUGCCCCACUUCCUCGUGUCUUUUUCUAUCCUUCGCUGGAUAUCUGUAUCGACUCGAGGUACACCGGAAACGAAACAAGGUUUAUUCGUAGAUCGUGUUGUCCAAACUCAGAACUCAAGAGUAUCAUCUUACCGAAUGAUAACGAAGAUCAUACAAUACAUAUGGGGAUAUAUACAAAAGAUGAAGUGGAUAAAGGGGAAGAGAUUACGAUUGGUUGGAACUGGCAUCGAGGUCAACUUAUGUGGAAAAAGAACAAAGAGUUUAAGGACGGACAUGUUGCAGAUAUUAUGAAUGAUUCCGAAAAAGAAUUGAUAAGGGAAACAUUGGAUCUCAUAGACUCAGAAUUCGGUAAAUGUGCCUGUGAAGAUGAAGAGGAUUGCCUGCUUGAAUAUCUAAAGGAAGAACUCGAGAGGAAAAACACUGUAAAGAAAACGAAGCAAAAAAUUCCCAAACCACGUAAAUCAGCUUCUGCGUACACCAAUAUAUUCACCUCAGAUGAAGAGGACGAAAUUAAGCCUGCGAUAUCUGAAAAAAAGCGUGUCCAAUUUGUUGAUAAAUCUGCAAAAGCUAGUAUACCUACAUCACCAGCUAUUUCCGUCGACAUUGAUGUUACCACAAUGAGCCCAACUCCCAACCCCAGCGAAAAUGAGUUGGAUCUAACUUCAGGAUCAAAACGAACUCGGCCAACAUCGGCUACAAUAAAGUUACCUUGCAAAAAGAGAUGGUUAUUCAAAUAUAUUUCUCAGCAGCAAAGUUUGGAAGCAUCACCACCUAAAUUAAAAACACCAAUAAUAUACGAAAGGGCUGAUGCAAGUGAUGGAGCAAGUUCAGAAUCAACCCUACCGCUCGAUAAUACCCAUCAAAUUAAUAAAGAACAUGAAGCAAUCAAUAGUCCAGCAGCACCAGAACCAAUUGCGAAUGUUACAAAUACUCAGACUAGCGAUAGCGAAAACCCCCCGAGUAAGGACGAUAUGGCUAAAUCUAUCGAACAUGUAUACCAGGAAAUGUCGUCUGUUUCUCAGCCAUCAGUUGAUAUCGAUAACAUCGGGUCUGAACAAUCUUUACCUACGGUGAAGAAUGAAGCUGUCAGUCAUAAACCUACCGUGGUUGAUGAAGUUCCAGUCGCUGAAACAUUAACUGGUCCUGAACAAAAAUGCAAGGAAAAUGCUGCGCCUAAAGUAAAGCUUUCAAUUCAAGAGUAUUUGAAAAGGCAACGAGGAAACUUACCUACACCAGAUGAAAACAAUAACUAAUGUGUGAGUGUGUCGGAGGGUUGUAUAUAAGAAAAAAAAUAAAGUAUCCUUUUUUUAGCUAUUCUAAUCGUUGAGUUAAAACUAUUAUCUUUGUUGUAUAUCACUAAUUGGUG